AUAUCAGUGUUUAGCAGUGAGUCACAGUUAGCCAUGCCUAGCACUAGUAGGAAUCCUCUUGUGGUUGGGCGUGUUAUAGGGGAAGUAAUAGACCCCUUUGAAAGUUCCAUUCCUUUUAGGGUCUCCUAUGGCAAUAGAGAGGUCAACAAUGGUUGUGAGCUUAAACCUUCCCAAGUUGUAAACCAACCCAGAGUGAGUGUUGGUGGAGAUGAUCUCAGGAACUUCUAUACUCUGGUGUUAGUAGAUCCUGAUUCUCCCAGCCCUAGUAACCCUAAUUUCAGGGAGUACCUUCAUUGGUUGGUGACUGAUAUUCCAGCAACUACCGGGGCUAGUUUUGGUAACGAGGUUGUAAGUUAUGAAAGUCCACGACCAACCAUGGGGAUUCAUCGUUUGGUGUUUGUAUUGUUCCGUCAACAGUAUCGACAGAGAGUGUAUGCUCCUGGAUGGCGACAGAAUUUCAACACCAGAGAAUUUGCUGAACUUUACAACCUUGGAUUGCCAGUUGCUGCAGUGUUCUUCAACUGUCAGAGGGAAACUGGUUCUGGUGGUAGGACAUUUUGAAAGCUUCCUUGUACCAAAAGUGCAUGUUUGGUCAAUAUGAAACACCUAAAUAAAGAAACCUACGCAAUAUAUAUGUAACAACAACAAUAGUAUCAUACGAUUAUGUAACCAAAGCACUAUAUAUG